AAUCGAGUUUUGGACUCUAAAUUUUUGUUUUCCGUUGCGUCAUCCAAGCCUCGUUUCCCAACAGUGGUAUCAGAGCCGGCUUACGAAGUUACUAGUUUAGUAGUUUUUACCGUUAUCGUUUUUGUAGAUUAGUCAAUAAAUUUUGGAGACAAAAAUUUAUCCCAUUAUAAAAUUUAAUUAGGUGGCCAUAUUUAGAUACUGGACCUAAUAUAAUUUUAUUAAGUAAUUUUCGGAAUUACUGUUUGGGCAUGUCUGAAUCAAAACGAGGAAGUUUGCCUAUGGUCCAAGGCACGAGUCUUUCCAAGACUCAGGGUGCUUCCACUCCAGAGGAAGUAGAACGCAUGAGAAAUGUUCCUUAUGCGUCGGCCAUUGGAUCCAUCAUGUAUGCGAUGGUAUGUACGAGACUUGAUGUCGCCUUUGCUCUGAGUGUCACGAGUAGAUACCAGUCCAACCCUGGCGAAAGCCAUUGGACGGCUGUGAAGAACAUCCUUAAGAACUUUCGUAGAACUAAGGAUGCCUUCCUGGUAUAUGGCGGAAAAGAAGAGCUCAGUAUUGUUGGAUAUACUGAUGCCAGCUUCCAGACUGAUAGAGACGACUUCAAGUCGCAGGCAGGGUAUGUGUUUUGUUUGAAUGGCGGAGCUGUUACCUGGAAGAGUUACAAUCAAGAUACUACCGCUGAUUCCACUACAGAAGCAGAGUACAUGGCUGCAGCCGAGGCAGCCAAGGAAGGUACAGAAGACAAUAUCGCGGAUCCGUUGACGAAGGCUUUGGGAAAGCCUAAACACGAGAGUCAUACGUGGUCCAUGGGCAUUCGAGAAAUGCUUGAUUGGCCUUAGGGCAAGUGGGAGAUUGUUGUAUUUAGGUGCCCUAGCGGCAAUCAAAUACCUAUGUAACUGUACACUUUAUCAUGAAUGAAAGGCUCUGAAGUAU